AAGACCUUAUAUUUUGUCACUGAUAUUGAUACUGCAGUUGAAAAUGGCAGUUACAAAGGGUAUAAUUAAUAAUUUGGAGCAUGAUUGCACUUUAUUGUGUAGAUCAACUGAUCAUGGAUGCCAAAUAACAAGUGCACUCACAAAACGUGCAGUAACAGAUGAACAGUUGGGUGCUUACCUGAACUGGAUGUGUACCAAUUGCGGAGAAGUGAACGACACAGAAGGGAGAACUGCCUUACAUUUGGUUGCAUCUUGUGGUCGGUUGAAGCUAAUGAAAUAUUUAGUACAUGUGCAUGGUGCAAAUUUGAACUUUGCCGACAAAGAAUCUGGCUGCACAGCUUUACACCGUGCUGUAUUCUAUGGACAAAUUCAUAUAGCAGUGAAUUUAUUGAAACUAGGUGCUGAACUUAAUAUAUAUGACAAUGGUCAUUUAACUGCUAUUGAUUAUGCUAUCAGAGAUAGAUAUCCUCCACAAAAUUUAAAAGUUAUAAACUCAGGUGAAGUUUAUACUUGGGGCUCAAAUGAAAAUUACACACUUGGAAUUGGAAAUCAACAAUCGCGUAGUUAUCCAGAUUAUUAG